CUUCUUUCUUUAGUCCAAGUGGUGGAGCACGUUUGAGUGACCAUGGAGUGCGUUUGCUGUCAUGUAGUUCAACGUUAAUACGGCGUGAAUAGUAGAAGAGGGGGUACUUUUGCGUGGGUAAAGAGGAGCUUACAGUCGAGAGCCAUGGCUGCACGGGAGGAAGGAGAGGUUUUGCACAGUAAAAUAAGACACCACGACCGAGCUGGAAGUGUAAACAGCUCAGAGGGCUUCAGGAACGGCUAUGUGAAGAGCUGCGUCACCCCCCUUAAACAGGACCAUCAGAGGGGAUUUUUGUUCAACGUGUGCAGGUUUUGCAACGAAGACCUUCUUAAUUCCAAACUGCUUAAGGUGUCUGCCAUCUACGUCGGCGCGUUUGUAUUUUUCGCGGUUUCGUUUCUCAUUUCCAGGAGCUUGCAAAGUGACUCGCUUUGGGAUUUGCGGACUUUUUUGUCGGGCUUCUCCCAGUCCAUCAGUCCUUUAUUUAGCAUAGGAUGUGCUUUCUUCUUUCUAACAUUUUACCUGCGGAGGAAAAAGAAGGAGAGUAGUAAAUGUUGGCUCGUAUCACUGCCAGCAUCGUGUUACCUCGGGGAUUUUUUGGUUUUGCGGUUUUUGCAAUGGGGAGAGGACCAACACCAGAUGCAAAUGGUGGGCAGGUUGUUAUUCGUGUUGGGAUGCGUGGGUCUGCUCACACUGGUCCCCACUCUCAAACUCAAACACAGUGUUCUUAUUCUGGUUUUCGCCAGUGUUGUGUGGCUGGUGUCUUUCACAAGUUUGAGCGGGCUGCCCUCGGUGCUCAGACCGCUGUUCGCAUGUGUUGCGGGGGUUUGUGGAUGCCUGUUGGGGCUCUGUUUUGACCGAUACUACCCGUCGAGGGAAGCGGCCACCGGGGUCUCCGGAGCCGAGGAGAAGGUCCCGGUGAUCAGACCCAGGAGGAGGUCCAGCUGCGUCUCACUGGGGGAGACAUCCAGCAGCUAUUAUGGCAGCUGUAAAAUGCCCCGCAGACCUUCUUUACCCUGCAUAUCCCGAGAACAGAUGAUCCUGUGGGACUGGGAUCUGAAACACUGGUACAAACCACAGUAUCAGGGUGCGGUGAGUGGCAACGGUGUGGACCUGUCAGUCAUCAACGAGGCCAGGAACCUGGUGUCGGAGCUGCUGUUGGACUCAUCGCUGUCGCCCCAGACCAUUUCAGCUCUUCGCACCGUCUCCAGCCUCAUGGGGACGUUCUCAGGCUCCUGCAGACCCAGGGUCAACCCUUUCACCCCCUUCCCGGGUUUCUACCCAUGUGAUGAGGUGGAGGACUUUGUAGAGAGGGGUGACAGGAAACCCAUAAAGGGUUUGAGCAGUAGAAACAGCCUCCCGACACCUCAGCCCAGACGCAGUUCCACCUCCUCUGCCUCUGCACUGCCUCCUCUGGAGUCUGCCUCAUCACGCUGGGAACGCAACAGUGGAAAGAGACCCCACCCCGACCUCAACUUGAGCAGCUCAGCUUUGUCCAACGGGCCCAAUGCAAACCUGCUCACCAUUCCCAAGCAGAGAUCUUCCUCUGUUACCCUCACCUAUCACACAGGUCCCAGGAGAGCAGGCACAUCUCCAAGCCUGAGCCCAGUCACCUCACCGAGCCACAGUCCUCCAGCAGUGGGUACGGCCUCUUCGUCGUCCCUCGUCACGCGAUCGCCUGUGGAGUUUCCAGACACUGCUGACUUCCUAACCAAGCCCAGUGUCAAUCUGAACCUGCAUAAGCCCCUGAACUAUGCCCUCAGCUCACCUGAUUUCCAGCAGAGCAUCCGCAGCUCCGGUUUUCCUCUUUGCACCAGCUGUGGACGUCAGAUGCUGAAAGGAGUUUCCAGCAGUGAUACGGGUGAAAUUCAUCAGUCUUUUACAAGUGAGACUCAACGCAGGCGCUCAGCAGGUGAAGGGUUGGAUUUCACUGGAGAGCCUCUGAUCAGGGAGGAGAGCGUGGAGGCGGACGGAUCUGCAGACGGGAGGCCAGAUGUUGCAGGGAGCUCAGGGCUAACGGAGGAAGAGAAGGAGAAGAGCCUGAGCACAGACCAGCAGACUCAGGAAACGGAGGGCGAGCAGGAGUUUAGGCUUGACCCCAUGCUGGAGGACCAGGAAGGUCUCAUGGAAAGGAUGAACACGUGGAACUUCCAGAUCUUUGACCUUGUGGAUAAAACAGGAGGCAAAUCAGGAAGGAUACUCAGCUACGUGACAUACACUCUUUUCCAGGAUACAUGUCUGUUUGAAAUUUUCAAGAUCCCUGUGAGGGAGUUCAUGACAUACUUCUGUGCUCUGGAAAACGGCUACAGAGACAUUCCCUAUCAUAACCGGGUCCAUGCUACUGACGUGCUCCAUGCUGUGUGGUACCUGACCACUAGACCAAUCCCUGGGUUUCAGCAGAUCCACAGCGAGCAUGUGACAGGAAGUGAUACAGAUUCAGAUAGCGGGAUCUCUCCAGGCAGGAUAUCCUACGCCUCCUCCAAAAGCUCUUCUAUUUCGGAUGACAGCUACGGCUGCCUGGCCUGGAACAUACCUGCCCUGGAGCUAAUGGCCCUUUAUGUAGCAGCUGCAAUGCACGACUAUGACCAUCCUGGUCGCACAAAUGCCUUUCUAGUAGCCACUAAUGCACCUCAGGCAGUUCUGUACAAUGACCGCUCAGUGCUGGAGAACCACCACGCUGCAUCUGCCUGGAGCCUCUACCUGUCCCGGCCCGAGUUCAACUUCCUGGUUAACCUGGAUCAUGUUGAAUUUAAGCGUUUUCGCUUCCUUGUCAUCGAGGCAAUACUGGCCACAGACCUCAAGAAGCACUUUGAUUUCCUGGCUGAGUUCAACUCCAAGGUGAAUGAUGUGAACAGUCCAGGGAUUGAUUGGACCAAUGAGAACGACAGACUGCUGGUGUGCCAAGUGUGUAUUAAACUGGCAGAUAUCAAUGGACCAGCCAAAGUCCGUGACUUGCAUCUCAAAUGGACAGAAGGCAUUGUCAAUGAGUUCUAUGAGCAGGGAGACGAGGAGGCUAGACUGGGAUUACCCAUCAGCCCUUUCAUGGACCGGUCCUCACCACAGCUGGCUAAACUACAGGAGUCCUUCAUCACUCACAUAGUGGGGCCACUUUGCAACUCUUACGAUGCCGCUGGCCUCCUCCCGGGCCAAUGGGUCAGCGGAGAGGAGUCAGACGAAGAGGAUGAGGAGGGGCAGGUGGACACGGACACAGAGGAGGAUGAGGAUGAGGAAGAUGAGCUAGAGGACGAGCUGGCACCAAAAAGAAGAAAGAGCCGUCGCAGGUUGUUCAGUAACAUUAUGCAGCACCUGACGGAGAACCACAAGGUGUGGAAGAAGACCAUCGAGGAAGAGGAGAAGAGCAAAGAGCUUAGCAAACAGCAGCAGCCUGAGGGGAUGCUCCCCAGCAUGCCAGCCAGCCUGCCCACCUCCCCGUCAGAUGACAUUGAGGUGAUCCAGGAGGAAGAGGAGGGAGAGGAGCGACAGUAGCAGGAAAACGAAGGAAAAAAAAAAAAAACAGAUUGGUGGAGAGAGAAGAGGCAGUAUAAGGACACGUGUCCCUAAACCACCUGCCUUUCACCGACAUUAACAAACAUACAGAGACAUACAAAUGCACAUAAAACACAACUCGCUCCCUCUCUCUUUCUCUGUCUUUCACACAAACACACACACACAAACACACACACUGAAAGAUUCACUGUGCAGACACUCAGAUGCUUAAGCAGUCCCAUUGUUUUUCUUUUUUCUUUUUUUUUUGUUGGUUUUUUUUUUUUUUUUUUUUUGGAGAAACAAAAAGGCCUUACUACUGUGAGCGGAUCCUUGCUGCAACAGUGGGAGCCCAACUCCUAUGCACUUUCACCCCAUGGAGAGCCGAGUGCACCCAGAAACGCCACCAGAACUGAGAAGGAAGGUGCAGAAGAAGAGCAUUAACGUGCCCUCCAUGGUUAACCUGGCUGUGAUGCUGCCUUGAAUGCAAAGCGCUUACACCUCCCUUAGGUACAAAACAGAUCCUGUCUAUUUAAAAACGAGAAGGUAGAGGAAAAUAACGAAGCAGGCGACAUCAUAAAGUGACUCAUACCCUUUACCAAAGCUCAAACAUGGAAAGACAAGAGACUGAGACUGUUUCAGCCUCAAUGUCAGGUAUAUUUUUGAGUUAUAUAUAUACACAUAGUAUAUAUAUGAAAUGUGCCUGUCUGAACCUUUACUGAGUCCAUAUUGGCCCAGAGCCUAGGCUUGUGUAGUUCUCUCUCCUUGCUGGCGACACGAAACACUGUAUCAGACUCAGUCACAGAGACAUUAUUGAAAUGUUGACUGAUUAAUAACAUUAUAUCUGCAUCAUUUUUGAUGCUUUUAUUCAUGUGUACCACCCGUCUUUUUCUUUUUUUCUUUUUUUUUUUGUUGAAUCCUUUAACUUUCCUUGCUUCAUUUCGUUUGAGUGUGUGGAUAUUCUUUCAGAGGGGAGGGGGUAUGAUCGAGAGAAUGAAUAGGGAGAAAGAGAGCACUUUUUUUUUUUCUAAGUUUAGUAUGUAAUUUGUGUGUAUGUUUGUGUGUCCUUUCAGUAAUGGUUGGUUUCUAAUCAGUGAAAUGUCCUCUGGUGUUGAACAUGUUGCAUUCAGAUCAGGAGUGCUGUUUCAAUGAAUGAAUUCUUCAUAUUCAUUUUGAUUCUAAGUAUUUUUUUAAAGGUUACUCAGGAUUCGCGCAAAGAAUAAUUAUUUUGCAAGAAUUUAUGUCAUUAUUAUUAAAUACACUUAAAAAGGAAGACAAUUAAAAUCUGGGUGACUAAAGUACUUUGUAAUCUCUUAAUGAACAACUUGACAACCAACAAAAUCAAGCAAUUGAAAUCCUCUGUGACAGAGGAGCAUCCAGUCAGUGCUGCCUCUUGGCCAUUCAUACACUGUUUGCAUAACGUUUUUACAACCUCACUGGAGAAAUGCAUAUAUUGAUUGUCAUGAAGCUGCAGAUGUUUCUCCUGCACCAACACGUUUUUAAAACCCAGUGUUCUGUGCUUUAUUUUUACACAGUACCCAUGCCUACACAUCACUGAUGUUCUGACAAAUUAAAAGCUAAUUCACCUGUCUUAUUCUCAGAUUUAUUUAGUUUUUUUUUUUCUUUUUUUUUUUUGCCAAACCCAUAACUCGGCCAGUGUGUAAAGAAGGGAUCCAGGGUUUCAUUUCACUACUACUAAUUCUCUAUUUUUGUCUCUAAGAACUCUUGGCAUUCCAUUAGACUAAGGUAUUUUAUGAAAGGGACUGAGGUUGCCUAGCUCCUGUAUGACAUUAUUAAACCGUAAUCUCUGGAGAAAAUGUUAAGUAAGCAGUGUAUUAAUAAUAUUUAAAGACAAAAAAAUAGAUACAGAUGUGCACAUUUUAAUACCAAACAAGUGUUUAGCCACUGUACAAAAGAGUAUGUGCAUAUAAAUAUAUAUUUUUUAAAUAAUCAAAUGAAUGCAUCUGUUUUCUACACGCAGCUGACAUGUUGUACAUUGAGAUCCUGUAAUUACCAUUGUGUUUCCAGAGUUUUUAUCUACUACUCUUUACAGGUGUGGAUCUGUGGGGUUUGGUGUAUUGAUUUUUUUUUUUUUUUUUUUUUCACUUGUUUCAGCUUCUCCCUGUUCUGUAUCAUAACCACUGUUUUAUUCCUCAUUAUCUCUCUCUCUCUCUCUCACUGUUGUCUCAGUUGACCCAACUAGUGCCAAACUUUACCUACAUACAGUAGUUUGGGCUGUGAUUCGCCGAUUGGCAAGUAUGUCUGGGCUCAAACGCCGUUUUCAUGUAAGACUAAGCCCCCAGAGUCAGAGGUUCCACCAGACUCUGAGUGGCAGCGACAGUGGCAAGAGUCAGAGUUGGACUCAGGUCAGAGCCAUAUUCACGUAGACCCAUGCUGGAUCAUAACGCCUUGGUAGCUCCCCAACCCGACAUAUUCUGGUUCAUUAAGUUGUAAAAGUUGUUGGCUUCUCACUGUGUAGUCUCUUAAACCACAGUGUCCUCUGAUGAUUGUGCCAUAAAUACAUCUAUGAAUGGUUGUUACCCUUAAUGUAGCAUCAAUAUACGUACGUUUGUCUAAUGUAACCAUUCACCCUUAUCUACAUUGUGGGGGCAACUGAUUUUUGUUGUUAUUUAUAGCUGUCAUAAAACACCAUCCCUAAAGUAUCA